CCAAUAAUCUGUCAGCCUACCGCUUCUAUUCACGGCACAUCUAAGAAGAACCUUGUUUAUUACUGUGGAGUAGUGGUGACCAAGAAUCUGAAGACCUGGAAAAAACAGAGGAAUUGGAGGGGCCAAACGAGCUAGAAGAAGAAAGUGAUAUGGGUAGUGGAGCAAGUGCUGAAGAUAAGGAACUUGCUAAGAGAUCAAAGGAGUUGGAAAAGAAGCUUCAAGAAGAUGGAGAUAAAGAGGCGAAGACUGUUAAGCUACUUCUGUUAGGUGCUGGCGAGUCAGGGAAGAGUACAAUUGUCAAACAGAUGAAAAUUAUCCAUCAAGAUGGCUACACAGAAGAAGAAUGUCUGGAGUUCAAAGCAAUCAUAUAUAGCAACAUACUUCAAUCCAUCUUAUCAAUCAUCAGGGCCAUGUCUACUCUAGGCAUAGAUUUUGCUGAUUCAGGCCGAGCGGAUGAGCAACGGCAGCUGUACAGUUUGGCCGAUUCGAUUGAAGAGGGUACCAUGCCCCCAGAAUUGACGACUUGUAUAAAGAAACUAUGGGCUGAUGGAGGAGUUCAAGCCUGCUUUGACCGAGCAGCUGAAUAUCAGCUCAAUGAUUCUGCUUCAUACUAUCUUAAUCAGCUGGAUAGGAUCACUGCUGCUGGCUAUCUUCCCAAUGAACAGGAUGUAUUGCGAUCCCGAGUUAAGACCACAGGUAUCAUAGAGACAAAGUUUUCUGUCAAGGAUCUUAAUUUCAGAAUGUUUGAUGUAGGUGGGCAGAGAUCAGAGCGUAAAAAGUGGAUCCACUGCUUUGAAGGGGUGACCUGCAUCAUCUUCUGUGGCGCUCUUAGUGCCUAUGACAUGGUCUUGGUAGAAGACGAUGAUAUGAACCGCAUGCAUGAAUCUUUGCAUCUCUUCAACAGUAUAUGUAAUCACAAGUUCUUUGCUGCCACUUCUAUAAUUCUUUUCUUGAAUAAGAAGGACCUCUUUGAGGAAAAAAUCAAGAAAGUACAUCUCAGCAUUUGCUUCCCUGACUAUGAUGGCCCCAAUACAUUUGAAGAUGCAGGCAAUUACAUCAAGCUUCAGUUUCUUGAUCUAAACAUGAGAAAAGAUGCAAAAGAAAUUUAUAGCCACAUGACUUGUGCCACAGAUACACAGAACGUCAAAUUUGUAUUUGAUGCAGUAACAGAUGUAAUCAUCAAAGAGAACCUAAAGGACUGUGGUCUCUUCUAAGAUUACAGCUUUUUUAAAGAAAAGGUAAUUAUAUUCAAUUAUCUGUUCCUAAAGUAGGAAUUAGGCAGCAAGUAUACUGUAGCAUUUCCUUACCUAUGCUUGUAACUAUACUUACUUCUGAACAUUAGUGCUUAAAGUCAAAUGUGCAUAAUAACUAAAUGCAAACAGUAGCCAAGUCAGCUGGGCUACAUAUGUAAUAGGAAGUAGCAGUUAAAUUGCAACAGGAUGCUUGCAUUAAAACUAUGCAAGUACUCUGCUAUUUCAGUUCUUUUGCUACAAUAAUUUGCAAUAAUUAUUAUAUCACCAUUGCCAAAUUCUUUGCUUAGCAAUUAUUUCUAAAACAGGUUUGAAGAUACUAAUGCAACAGAAGAGGAAUUUUAAGGAAAUCACAGGUGAUUUCGAAACAACCUCAUGCAUUACUAUAAGCAAAAUCAAAGUUGGUGCUCAGUACAGGACUUGGGAGUUUUUAAAAGUAAAUAGUCUCUCUUGAAUAAACUUAUAGUGACUACAUGGUCACAUCCAUGUGGGGUGGGGGGGGGAGAAAGCAGGAUUGAAAAGAAGGAAGUGGUUGGCCCUUGUCUUAUUUCAGGAUGUGUUUUUUUUCCCAAUAUACCUGGGAUUUCCUAGUAGCCACCCCAGCCAAGAAUUAGCCAUGUACAAUUCUAUUUAAGCUUUUUCAAGUGCUUACAUGGUAUUAAAUGUAUAAGGAUGCAAUUAUUUCCAAAACAUCUGCAGAAUCUGUAGAUAUUGGCAGACUUCACAUGCCAUGACCACUGAACACAAUUAGUAGGUUAGGGUUUAAGCUGAAAAACAUUUGAAGGUAUGCAUGCAGGUAUGUAUAUACGUAUGUAUAUACAUAAGGUAUGCAUGCAUGCAUGUAUGUAUAUAUGUAUAUACAUAAGGCAUGCAUGCAUAUAUGUAUGUACAUAAAACAUAUAUCUACAUCUUUGACAUUCUUUUGACAACUUGUAGUUCAAAUGUAAUUUGAUUUCAUUAUUUAAAAUAUCUCAUCUUCAUCUAUCAGGAAUGAGGGCUUCCAGUGAGCUUCACCAUUCUGCUGAGCAGAGCCAACGGAGCCAGCAGUCAUUCGGGAAUCUAUACUUCUCCAUAGAAGAUAAACAAUUCUAACAAGAUAACAGUUCCCACCCAAGACAAACAAUUCUAACAAGAACACGCCAUCAAAAAAGUUAAGAGUCUCCAAUCUAUGAAAGUGGAAAGUGUUACAUACGGGCAACAAUGAAGUCAAACUGGUUUACAAACAAUGAAUUUAUGUCAAACACUGAUUCUCUGCAUUUAACUAUUUAUAAAUAAGACAUAAUUCUUUCACAGGAAAAACACAAUCAGUGUUUUGGGGUCUUAUUUAACAGAACUGUUCAU